CGUUGCUCCCUCCCCGAUUCCCGCUGCCGUCGCCAUGAAAGUCGCUGCCGUCUCGGCCGUUGUUGCCGCCCUCUGCGCCUCUGCCAGUGCACACAUGUGCAUGAGCAACCCUGCUCCCCGUGGUCUGCCUCCCUCCGAGGCCAUGAAUGGCGUGGGAAUCCAACCCUACGACUACAACAUUCUGAGCCCGCUCGAUGCCACCAACGGCAACGGCCGAGCCUUCCCUUGCCAGAGCAAGCCCCAGACCCCCAACACCUUCACCCUCCAGGCCGGCUCCACCCUCGAUGCCGUCAUCCGCGGCACUGCCAACCACGACGGUGGCCACGUCCAGUUUGCCAUCUCGUACGACCAAACGACCUGGGUCGCCAUCUACACCGUCAUCCGCACCGCCCUGCAGGCCAACACCACUGAUGGAAUCUACCACUUCCAAGUCCCUAUCCCCAGCAACAUCCCCAAUGCCGACCACGCCAUCUUCUCCUGGAACUGGAUCAACGCCAUGGGCAACCGCGAGUACUACACCAACUGCGCUGAUGUCUCCAUCGUCGGCGGCUCCAACACUGGCUCGCUUGUUGGCCCCCAGCUCUUCAUCGCCAACCUGCCUGGCUAUCCCACCAUCCCGGAAAUGAUUCCUGGUGCCGAUGAUGGCUCCAGCUACCUCGCCGCCCGCCCCACCAUCACCAUUGCCCCUGGCACACGCCCCACCGGCAACCCCUCCACCACCGUGGCCCCUGUCACCACCAAGUCCACCACCACCACCACUAAGCCCACUACCAAAUCGACCACCACUACCACUACCACCACUACUACCAAGCCCACCACCAAGUCGACAACCAAGUCCACCACCACUACCACUACUACCACCAAGGCCACCUCGACCCGCAAGACCAAGACCACCAAGCCGGCCAAGUCGACCAAGAAGAGCAAGACCACCAAGUCGACCAAGCCUGCCAAGAAGACCAAGAAGACCAAGACUACCAAGACCACCAAGCCCGCCAAGUCGACUACCACCACUACCACUACCACCACCACCACCACCAAGCCCCAUACCACCACCAAGUCCACCACUACCACCACCACCACCACUACCACCGCCAAGCCCACCACGGUCAAGUCUACCACCACCACUACCACCACUACUACUGCCGGUCCUCAGCCCACCAAUAUCCCCACAAACGUUCCUUGCGUCCCCAAGGACCCCAGCCAGAUCGCUGCCUUCUGUGACUCAUUCAAGCACAAUGUUUUCCAGCCGAUCUGCCUGACUCCCGAAUACUCCUACACCGUUCUGUUCAACCGCUGCUACGCUGACACCGGUGCUCCCGAUGACGGCGAGGUCACCCUUGGCAUCCGCCACUACAACGUCUGCGGUGGCAGCACCAGCCACGACUUUACCUCUCAGAUGUCGGCCCUGUUCAAGUACUGCUAA